AUGAGGUCAUAUAAAGCUGUCAAUGAUGAGAAUAAGCUAAGUCAGCAUCUUAGAGCAAAGUCAGACAUUUACAAUCUGAGUGCACCUUUUAGCUCUGGUGGUGGUCUCAAUAAUGCAAGCAUUCACAACUCCACCAAAACCGUGUCUGGGUCCAAUUACAAAUCGACAAGACUGUCUGAUUCACAUUUGGGCUCACUGCACAGAGAAGUAUUGAGUGAUUUAACUGCACAGGAGAAUUAUAAAUCGCGUCUCAAGACACAGCAACCAGCACAACCAUCGCAUCUGCAACCGCCACUACAACAGUCGUAUCCAUAUGCUCGCCACCAGCACAGUAGCAGCAAUAGCAACAGCAGUAUCGGAAGUGGCGUAGCUACUUCAGGCGCUACUUUAAGCCAAUCAAAGUUACAGAUCUACAAACAGGCAACACAAAAUCUCCAUCACUAUAAGAAACCAAAAUUGGAGAAUGUAUUGCAUAGAGAGUUUGCUGAUUCCACAGAUGAGGAUUUGAGAAGUACGUCUGAUGAAGCAGCUGAACCAAGUGACGAUAAGGAGAAUAGAAAUCCACUGGUGACACAAUCUCAAUCACAAUUGCAUUUACAACAUCAACAGCAGCAUAAAUACCAACACCACCAUCAACAUCUUCAUGACCUUCAUAAUAGAAUACACGAUGAGGUGAGAUACCACCAACAGCAGCAGCCAUUACGUUCACGCGACAAAUAUGAAAUGCAUUUCAGAGAGGAGUUGGAUGAAGAAGAGUUUACAAAUGAAGAGGUAGACAGUAACUACAAUCCUGAAGAGGAAGAGGAUGAUGAAUUACGAAAUCAAAUUGCUGUCAAACAAAGUAUUACCAGAGACAGUGUAGCAGAGCUCUACUCUAGGGACGCUAGGAAUGAUGAAGAUUUACAAACUGAAAAGGAGGUUUCAAUGGAGACAACGAUUAAACAUGAUGACAGCCUGUCUACCCACGAACAAGAUGAAGCGCAUCACCAGCACCAACAACAACAACAGCAGCAAGCCCCCUCAAGGUCAUAUUCUCACUCCACUCGUCAGCAUCGAACUGAAAGUAUUACCCCCAUGAAACCAUUAUGGGAUUUAUCCAUCAAGAUGGAGUUGCGAAGAGUAGUUGACAAAUUUUCAAGAACUACAUUGGAUGAAAAUGAUGAAGAUACUUAUGAUGCAUCAAUGGUUGCUGAAUAUUCUCCAGAAAUAUUCAAUUAUAUGCGCAGUUUGGAAGAAAAGUAUAGACCAGACCCACACUAUAUGGACAAUCUCCAAGAUGAGUUGAGAUGGGGAAUGAGAGCAGUGUUGAUUGACUGGGUGGUUCAAGUACACGGUAAAUUCAACCUACUCCCCGAAACGCUUUUCCUUACUGUCAACUAUAUUGACCGAUUUCUUUCCAAACGUAAAGUUUCAUUGACUAGAUUCCAAUUGGUUGGUGCAGUUGCAUUUUUUAUUGCUGCUAAAUACGAAGAGAUCAAUUGCCCUACAGUACAAGAGGUAGCAUUCAUGGCUGAUAAUGCUUAUUCGAUAGACGAAUUCCUAAAAGCCGAACGCUUCAUGAUUGAUGUUCUUGAAUUUGAUAUGGGAUGGCCUGGUCCAAUGUCUUUUCUUCGACGUACAUCCAAAGCCGAUGAUUAUGAUUACGAAACUAGAACAUUAGCCAAAUAUUUCUUGGAAAUAACUAUAAUGGAUGCUCGAUUUGUUGCGUCACCACCAAGUUGGUUAGCUGCCGGUGCCCAAUAUCUUUCACGGGUAUUGUUGAAUCGUGGUGAGUGGACAGAAGCACAUGCCUUUUAUAGUGGAUAUACUGAACGGCAAUUGAGACCUUUGGCAGAGCAAUUGUUGGAAAAUUGUCGAUAUGCGGAGAAGAAUCAUAAAGCGAUAUUUGAAAAAUAUCUGGAGAAAAGAUUCAAAAAAAGUUCAUUGUUUGUUAAGGAGUACUUUGAAAACUUUCAGUAG